UUAUGGAGGGUAUGUGCCACAAAAAUUACUAUGUAUUUUAAAAUAAAAUGAUACAUUUAAUUUACAAGAUGUCGUAAUUUACACUAACAUAUGUGUGUAACAUUUGAUACAAAGGUUUUAAAUUACAAACUUUUGCCAUCAUUAAAUCAAAGUAACUAAUAAGGAGUAUAUUUCUCUCUAUUUUGCACUAAAAAACACAAAAAUUUUAUGAGAGGGAAGAAUAAAUUUUAUGAAAUUUCUCUAAAGUCCAAACCAAAAGCUUACUUCCCCACUUCAAGGCCAAAAUAAUUGAAUAAAGAACCCGCCGGGGCAAAAAUGCCGAGCCUGAGCCUCUUCACCAACGUCCCAGUCGACGCAGUGGUGGCUUCCGACAUUCUCAAAGACGCCACCAAAGCCGUCGCGAGAAUCAUCGGAAAGCCCGAGUCUUAUGUGAUGGUCUUGCUGAACGCCGGUGUGCCCAUCUCAUUUUCCGGCAGCGAAGCUCCGGCUGCUUAUGGCGAGAUGAUGUCCAUAGGCGGCCUCGGGCCAGGCGUCAAUGGGAAGCUCAGCUCCACUAUUGCUGAGAUUCUGCAGACGAAACUCUCCAUUGAUGCCUCUCGUUUCUACAUCAAGCUCUACGAUGUUCAGCGCUCAUUUUGUGGGUACAAUGGCUCAACAUUCUAGUCUACUAGCCAAGAUAUGUCUUUAGGAGUGCAGUACUGGUUUAUUGUCCAAGGGAAAUACAUUGUUUUAUGCUCAUUAUGGUGUACUGCACUUGUUUGUUGCCCUUCAAGUGAUCUAUUUCAUGCCCUUCAUUAUGGUGUACUCAUUAUGGUAGAUUUU